AUGGCAGACAGUUUUUCGCUUAAUGAUGCCUUGUCUGGGUCUGGAAACCCCAACCCACAAGGGUGGCCUGGCCCAUGGGGAAACCAGCCUGCCGGGGCAGGGGGUUAUCCAGGGGUCUCCUAUCCUGGCGCCUACCCUGGGCAGGCACCUCCUGGAGCCUACCCUGGGCAGGCACCUCCUGGGGCCUACCCUGGAGCACCUGGAGCUUAUCCAGGCCCAACUGCACCUGGAGCCUACCCGGGGCAACCGAGUGGACCUGGAGCCUACCCACCUCCCGGACAGCCAAGUGCUCCUGGAGCUUACCCUGCUGCUGGUCCCUUUGGCACCCCUGCUGGACCACUGACUGUGCCAUAUGACUUGCCUUUGCCAGGAGGAAUCAUGCCUCGCAUGCUGAUAACAAUUCUGGGCACAAUGAAGCCCAAUGCAAACAGACUUGCUUUAGAUUUCAAGAGCGGGAAUGAUGUUGCCUUCCACUUUAACCCACGCUUCAAUGAAGACAACAGGAGAGUCAUUGUUUGUAAUACAAAGCAGGAUAAUGUCUGGGGAAAGGAAGAAAGACAGCAUGUUUUCCCAUUUGAAAGUGGCAAACCAUUCAAAAUACAGGUCCUGGCUGAAGCUGACCACUUCAAGGUUGCGGUCAAUGAUGUUCACUUGUUGCAGUACAAUCAUCGGAUGAGAAAUCUCAAAGAAAUCAACAAACUGGGGAUUUCUGGUGAUAUAGACCUCACCAGUGCUUCCCAUGCUAUGAUAUAA